GUGUCUCUGACCAGCAGCAGGAAUGAGGAAAAGAGGCGUUCAGUAGCGACGCGAACAAACCCAACAGCGAACACAAACGAGGCUCCUCCGCUCCUGAGCAGUCAUGAAGGCUCUCACAGAAACCGUCCUGCUGCUUCUUUUAUUCUCAAACGCCUGCGAUUCCAACAUCUGCACGUCUCGAGGUGUCACCACUUGCCAGCAGUGUCUGGCUGUAGAUCCCAGCUGUGCCUGGUGCUCUCAGGAGGAGUUUGGACGGGGAGGAUCCAGCACCUCUCGCUGUGACCUGAAACAGAACCUGCUGGGAGAAGGGUGCCGUGAAGAUGCGGUGGAGUUUCCCAGCAGCACCCUGACUGUUGAGACGGACGACCCGCUCAGCGACAAGGCCUCGGGUGCAGGGGGUACCGUCACUCAGGUCCGGCCUCAGAAACUCAGCAUGACACUGAGACCAGGCGAUGCCAAGCGUUUCACCGUGUCGGUGAAGCAGGUGGAGGAUUAUCCUGUGGACCUCUACUAUCUGAUGGAUCUGUCGUUUUCAAUGAAGGACGACUUGGUUCGCCUGCAAACCCUGGGCAACGAGCUCGCCGCGACCAUGGGCCGAACCACGUCUAACCUGCGCAUGGGGUUUGGAGCGUUUGUGGACAAAACUGUGUCCCCGUAUAUGUACACCUAUCCUCCAGAGGCAGUCGUAAACCCUUGUUGGGGGAUCAAUCAACAAUGCCAGGCUCAGUUCGGGUUCAAGCAUGUGUUGUCGCUGACGGAGCAGGUGGAUCGCUUCACCGAGGAGGUGAAGAAGCAGCAGGUGUCCAGGAACAGGGACGCUCCAGAGGGCGGAUUUGAUGCCAUCAUGCAGGCCGUGGUGUGCAAGGAUAAGAUUGGAUGGCGUCCGGACGCCUCACACCUUCUGGUGUUUACCACUGACGCCAAAACUCACAUCGCUCUGGACGGACGUAUCGCCGGCAUCGUCCAGCCCAAUGACGGAAAAUGCUACCUGGACGAUGACAACAACUACAACAAAUCUACAGUGCUGGACUACCCCUCCUUGGGCCUCAUGACGGAGAAAAUGUCCGAAAACAACAUAAAUUUGGUUUUUGCGGUGACCAGCUAUGUGGUGCAGCUUUACAAGGAGUACAGUCAGCUCAUUCCAGGCACGACUGUGGGAACGCUGUCUGAUGACUCCGGGAAUGUUAUCCAGCUAAUUGAGCAGGCCUAUGCGAAAAUUCGCUCUAAAGUGCAGCUGGAGCUACUAGGAGUCCCAGAAGAGUUGAACCUCGCCUUUAACGCCACGUGCCUGAACGGAGAGGUCAUCCCUGGAAUCAGGUCCUGCUCCGGCCUCAAGAUCGGAGACACAGUCUCAUUCAGUGUGGAGGCCCAGUUGCGCGGCUGCCCUAAAGAAAAGAGCCGCACUUUUACCAUCAAACCUCUGGGCUUCAAGGAUUCUCUGGAGGUCACGGUGGACUUCGCCUGCGGCUGCGCCUGCGAGGCGACGGCCGAAGAGGACAGCCCCCUCUGCAACAACGGCAACGGGACCUACGAGUGCGGCGUCUGUCAGUGUCACCCGGGCCAUCUGGGCCCACGUUGCGAGUGCUCCGUGGAGGACUACAGGCCAUCAGACGAAGGCAACUGCAGGCCCACGCCGGACAGCCCGAUCUGCAGCGGUAGAGGCGACUGCUUGUGCGGACAGUGUUCCUGUCACUCCAACGAGUUCGGUCAGGUGUGGGGGAAGUUCUGCGAAUGCGACGACUUCAACUGCCUGCGCUUCAAAGGGGCUCUGUGCUCUGAUCAUGGAAAGUGUAACUGUGGCUUCUGUCAGUGUGAUGCCGGCUGGAAAGAUGAAAACUGCAACUGCACCACACGAACCGACACCUGCAUGUCCAGCAUCGGCCUGCUGUGCAGCGGCCGAGGCACCUGCGAAUGUGGGGUUUGUCAGUGCACUCAGCCUGGAGCCUACGGAGCGACCUGCGAGAAAUGUCCCACCUGUCCCGACUCCUGCACCAUAAAGAAGAAGUGUGUUGAGUGUCAGCACUUCAAGAGAGGGCAGUACACCGACGACAACAGCUGCAACAGAAUCUGCAGAGAUGAAAUUCAAGUCACAGAUGAACUGGAGUUCCAUGACAGAAACGCAGUGAACUGCUCGUACAAAGAUGAGAACGACUGCAUCGUGCACUUCCAGUAUUACGAGGAUGAAAGCGGCAAAUCCAUUCUGUUUGUGGUGAAAGAAGCAGAAUGCCCCGAGGGCCCGGACAUCCUGGUGGUGCUGCUGGCGACGGCCGGAGCCAUUCUGCUGCUGGGCCUCAUCGGCCUGCUCAUCUGGAAGCUGCUGGUCACCAUCCACGAUCGCAGAGAGUUCGCCAAGUUCGAGGAGGAACGAGCCAAAGCCAAGUGGGACACGGGCAACAAUCCUCUGUACAAAGGAGCCACGUCCACCUUCACCAACGUGGCGUACCGAGGCAACUAACGGCGAAAGGCGACCGGGGGAAAACUCAGGGCUCGACGACAGAGACGGAAUGUAGCGGCGCAGAUAUAGAUGUACAGGAGGCGUAGGAGGCUUUUACACUGUCAGGUGACCAGAUACUGUGGCUGAAAAGUAGUUACUGCUGUCAACAAUGAUUGUACAUAAUGUAAAAAUAGCUGUUAAUAUAAGUCACAGAGGGCUCUGUUCCUACACUG